GCAGCGAGACGUGUAACGUGUUACAUUCAUGUCAAACGCUAGGGACGUGCGUCACGUUAUUAUUAAAAAAUAAAUUAAAAAAAAAAACUAUUUUUAUAAAUUAUUUUUGGAGGGAAAAUUUUUUUUAAAAGUGUAAGAAUAUUUUGCUCUAAAUUCGAGCGUUCAAUUUUUAAAAAUCAAAAUGAGAAUUUUAUUUUUGUUAUUUUUGGCGAAACUCGUUACUUGUGAUAAAGUGUUGAAAAGUGUACCGGUGAUUGUUAAAAGUUAUGAAAACGACACAGUUUUGUUGCCGUGCUAUUUGGAUGAUUCAGAGAUCAAAGUCCGCGUCCGCUGGUACAAGAACAACCAGCUGCUGGGCGACAGCCAGGAUCCGAACCACCUGCUGCCGGCGCGCACCAGGAUGUACGCCAACUACAGCCUGCAGGUCGAUGACCUCACUGCGGCCGACACGGCUGAUUAUACUUGCGAGAUAAUCCGUCCAGAACCAUGGGGGCCAAUAAGACAGACCCAUGCCAUAGAAGUUCAAUAUCCGCCGACAGUCCUGACGGUGCCCGACGACGGGUACAUUGAAGUCCGUAAAGGCGAGUACGUGGACAUGGGGUGUGAGGUCACCGGGACACCCACACCGGUCGUGAACUGGUGGAAGAAUGGCGAACAGAUGGCGCUGCUAGAGCACAGGUCGCGCAUUCGGUUCCGCGCGGAACACCGACUAUUAGCCGGGGUGUAUGAAUGUGUGGUGAACAACGGGGUGGGAGACCCUGUGAAGGGGGUGAUACGGGUUGUUAUACAUGACGCACCAGUAGUGACCACAGAGCGGAGUUUCGUCCAUACCGCGGUGGGUCUACGCGCGGCGUUGUCCGCGAAACUGGAGUUCGCUGUACCACCGGCUAGGACUGCGUGGUAUAGAGACGGGAAACCUGUGAAGACUGAUGACAGGGUGGUAAUGAUGGUGCAAGACAACGUCCACCAGUUGAUCUUCCGCUCCGUCCGCAAGGCGGACCUCGGAAACUACACCUUCAGGGCUGAGAACAAGCUGGGCAUGGCCGACAUCGCCUUCAAGCUGACCGGUGUGCCAAACAUCGCGUCGUUCAAAGUGGACUCAUCUCUCAACAAGGCGACUUCAACAAGCUUCAAUCUUAUCUGGGAAGUUGACUCUUACUCUGCCAUUAUUGAAUACAAUCUCUGGCUCCGUCCAUACUACGGUCGUCUUUCGACGCUCGCGCCUGAUUCCUUCACCACGGAACCUCCAGCCAACGCGUGGAGUAAGAUCGUUGUGCCGGGAGAUUCCAAUGACGGUCCCAUCCAUAGCGCAAUCUACAAGGUCCAGGGUCUGACUCCGUCCACGGUGUAUGAGGCGAUCGUAACUUCUAGGAACAGAUUUGGUUGGAGCAAACCAUCGGCCGUCCUACACUUUGCUACUGAACCCGGAGCCGGAAGUACCUACUACACCACAGAGAACUUGUAUUUGACUCCGAUAUUGGAAGAGGAAACGGAAGUGGAUCUCAACUUGACUCAAGCCCACGAGCUGCAGCGCGCGCUGUCAAAUGCAAAAGCGCGGGACACGCCAUCUUUGAUUUUCAUUGUAAUUCUAUUUAUUUGUAGUUGUGCAUAUCUAAAUAAAUAGUUUGUAUUAUUCGUUUUUA